GCGCAGCCGCGGGUGGGCGGUACCACGGCGGCUGCGACAUGGGGGGGCGCGGAGCAGACGCCGGAAGUAGAGGUGGUACGGGUCCCACAGAGGGGUACUCACCGCCGGCCGCUUCCACCGGAGCCGCGGUGAGAGCCAAGGCCCCAGGGUGUGGGCGUGGCGGCCGCCGGAACACAACACCCUCUGUUUUCUCUCUUCACGGAGCGGCGCCGCGUCGCUCGCCUCCAUCAGCUAACAUGAGCGAGCGCCUCCGCCCCAGGAAAAGGAGAAGGAAUGGCAGUGAAGAAGACCACCAUCUCCCCCCACAGACCAAAAGGAGUAGUAGAAACCCUGUCUUUCACGAUUCCUGGGACACAGAGAACUCACCUUUUUCUCCUAAAUGUGAUAACGUUGGCAAGUACUGGGAAAUAAGACACGAGGUGUUUGAAUUAUCUCAAACUGUGCCACAAUCUUCAAGCAGCGACAGUGGCGGGAGCAGCGGCAGCGGCAGCAGCAUCAACAGCCCGGACCGCGCCAGCGGGCCGGAGAGCGGCUCAGGCCACCCCACCGCCCGGUCCAGCCCCCACGGCCCGCAGCCCGCGCCCGUGCCGUCCGCGCUGUGCCAAAGCCCGUACUUCCACAUCAACCAGACCCUGAAGGAGGCCCACUUUCACAGCCUGCAGCACCGAGGACGGCCUCCCACAUGAUGUGCCGGCACUUUCUUGCCUUCUGUGAAGGGACCGCGCUGCGCAGAUUUGAUAUUUCAACUUAACGAUGUUUUAAAAAAAAUUGCACAAAAAGAUGCCUGUUGGCUUUUCAGUCUAUAUUUGAAAUAACAGGUUAACAGGCCGUUGUUUACUUGUGGUUUUGCUGCACUAUUGCGAUUUCAAAGGGGCUUUGAAGCAGUUUUUUAUAGGAUUCUUUUGAGGGUGGGUAUCAAAUCCAGGGCAAGUCAACAGUAGGAGGAAAUCUCAUCUGCGUGUUGCACCCAUAGUUUGUCCAAGUCAGACUGAUUUCCAGAUCUGUCACUUAGAAAUUCUACUUUCUGUAAAAAGGCCUUUUCAUUUUACGGGAUCUUCAAUUUUUUAAAUUCAAUAAACUAGUAAAGAGUAUCUACUUUCCAUGAAAAAACCUAAGUUUUUUUCCAAAACAUAGGAAGUUUGAUUCAGUCUUGCACUGAAAUUAAUUGCCAUACUACCUCUUAGUAUGUAGAUGUCCUGUUGAAAGUACUCUGUCCUCUGUGACAGGAGAACCACCGGAUUGCAGUCGGACUGUAUGAUAAAGUCAGCACCCGCCCUGGUAACCGUCCUCUCUGUUAUAUAUUUGUAUUUCCAGAGAGAAGGUCUCUCUCAGACCCUUGGAUCCCCAGAUAAACUUGUUACCGUUAUUCCUCCAGAGCCUACAUCUCAGACUUAGGAAACACUGCUCAGUUCGGACAGUCAAGGAAUAACGUAAAUGACUUUGUCUUAUUCACAGACUUGUCCAGCAGCAGCUUGUGUGUGCUCUCUGAUAAUUCCGCCUUGUAGUGUCGAGAAUUAAGGCGCUGGUGAAGGCUGACACAGUGUAAGCUCUCUGAACUGGUGUCUGAAGUCACACGUGUUGUGAAACUAUUGGACAAGGAUUCACUUUAUGCUUAACCCCCAACGGGAACCAGGGGGCCCCAUUCCACCACGGCAACUGGAAAGACUGGUGUGGCUUAGAAACAAAUGAGCAGAGGCACUUCUAGAAGAAAUAAUGCAGGAGUAUUUAUUUAGAGAGAUGGAUUGUCCCAUGUCACUUGGUCAUACUAGAGAGCCACCCAAGUUUGAACAGUGAGGGCGCAGACGAGUCUUCCUCCUCGGUGACAAGCUGUCUGAACAAGGAGCCAGCGUGCGUCGGGUCAUCUGCUCGGGAGAGUGCCGGGGGGACAGCAGCCUGCCGCUGUACGUAGAGGAAAGUGCCUUAGCGUCUACUGGACCCCCGGCCUGCUCGCCCUGCACUCCGCUUGGGGUCCACACGGCACACACAGCAGAUCUGAGAAGCACGGACAGCUCUAGAAGGGGACUCUGCUCUUAGUCCAGGUUGGGAAAGGACACGGGCAGAAGGAGAUUGUAGUACGUGACGGAAGUAAAAUCUGAAGCUGAGGUCUGUAGGAAGAGGUAACGUGUACCUUCUCUCCAUGGUUGGUUCCUCUCGUGCAGGUAGAGCUGAAAGGUCAAUUACUUGAAGCAGAAGCGGAGAGUUGUGAGGGAAAGGUACAGCACAGGCCUGGGCUUACAGAGUGGGAGGCUUGUGCAAAAACUUUUUUUUUUUUUUUUUUUUACUACCAUCUCCCAAGUUUUAAAACCAGAUGUUUGACGGAGGAUUUUGGAUCUUACUGGGUUUGAUGGCAGGGAAUAUGGAAAGGAUACCUGGCGAAUAUUUUGUCUAAUCAGAAAGCAAACAAGGAUUAAAUGCUGGAAGGAGGCAAGCUGUUGGAGCUCUCAGACACAUGCGUACACAACACACUUCAGAAAUACCCAGGAGGACUCCCGCAGGCUUAACGGGUGGCAGCCUACUGAAACAAAACGUGUGUUAACAAGAACAUGUAAACUUGAGAAAGCACAUUUCCUUGUAUUUCCCACCCGACUAAAAGAAAAGAGAGGUGAAACCAUCACUGGAACAAAGCAAUUGUUUUUCCAAAUAAGUACAGUCAUAGUGCAGGGUUAGCAGUUAACUCUCUUACCCUGUUAAACACAAGAAGUAUUCUCCAUCCCGUCCUGCGUAUUUGCUACAGCCUUGGCAGCCUGAGAUACAUUUCUAUUAUGAGGCUACUUGAUAGUGUCAGUGGGCAUCUCUUAAAACCUCCUAUUAGCUCAAGCUAGUAACACCGUGUACUUCUAUAUUGCGCCGCCAUUAAAAGCAGCACUAGUGCAUCCUG